AAUAAAUUCUCGCGACGGAUCGAUCGCGCAGUGCAUCGUGCCACGACGGACGAGGAUGAAGACUACGAGGAGGAGAACGAGGUGGCUGAUCGCCUCACGGCGGGGCGUCGCUUUCUAGGUUAGCGCGUCCGGCUUUUUGUCGUCCGACGGAGGGAACGGCGGCGUCCGUUCUAUCGUGCGUGGUGCGUCGGGAAAAUGCGUCGAGCAGUCUCGAUAACGCUCGUGCCAUUUGCCCGUCAAGGAGGCCUCUCCUUGGAUGUUGCCGCCACCGCCACCACCACCACCACCAUCAUCACCACCACCACUACCAUCACUACCCUCCUUCGUUUCCACCUCCCUCUUCGAACGAUCGUGAGUCCCGCGUUCCCGACUGGAGCGAGGCACGUUAACUCGUUUAUUCCGCGGCCAGGCUGCUUCCUACGCCGUAGGUGGUGCGUAACGAGGCGGCGAAAAAAAAGGAACGAAAAGACCGGGGAUAGACAGAGAAGGGUGAGUGAGAGGAAAGGAGAGAGAGAGAGAGAGAGAGACUGAUUAAAAAAAAAGGGGGUAUGGGAAACGGCGCGUUAUCGGCCGUUUCCGGGCCCUUUGUCGAUCGCCACGCCUUCGAAACCGCGUUUGCGCCACGGUAUUUGCGCAACAGUUGGAAGUUGGAAUUUUGCCUCCCCGAAAAUCACCCCCGCACGCGGCCCGAGUAAGGAAGGGAGAGAAAUUACGCUGCCUUUUCAUCGUCGUGGACGAAUAUCCAGGAGGGCAACUCGCUGGCUGGCUGGCUGGCAGGCACAGGCACCCGUAUCCACCCCCUCUCGCCCCUUCGUUCACAAGAGGGCCGACCAUCGUCGACAUCCGUUCGUGAAUCGUGCACACACAUGGCCAAUUGUCGUACGUUACAUACACUUAUACGUGAUGUACCCGAAGCUGCGUUCUUCCUUGGUGACUAAUAAGGGCGUCCAUCAUUAUCAGGCUAACAGGUGUGGGAAAUUAAUUCAAUAGUCGAUAUUUUUGUAAAGUUAUAUAUUUAUAAUUAUAAUAUCGUUAAUCUUGUUACAUGUACAUGUCGUGAAGAUUAGUUUUUAUAAAGUUUUUUCGCGCUAUUAUGACUGAAAUAGCUUAAGACAUCUAAUGAUAUUUAAUAAAAAAAACUCGUAGUCGCGGAAGGAAGCGCGCGAUUUCCGGGCCUUCUCGUAUAUCGCGUCCAGAUAUAUACUUGUAUAUCGUUUCAUAAACUAAAUUUAACAGCUGACCCGAUCAAUUAACGGAGCACGAACGAAGGCGUAGUUGCGUGUCGCGACGCUCGUUGCUUCAAUCUUUUAUACAGCAAUCUUUUGCGACAUAAUAAAUUUGAAUUUUUUUCUUAUUCUCUAUCAUAAAUAUUUAAUCUUACAAUUUAUUGAUAAAUGAAAAUUCAAUUGCACCGAGAUAUCCCAGCUUGAAGCGUCGUCUUGCGCAACACGCUGCUUCACGCUACGCUAUUUUGAGAUGCAUCCGACGCAUCCAUGCUGAGAUCCCAUUUUACGCAUUGUUAAACGACGCCUUUUGCAAAAUUAUGCGAGUUCUCCCAUCGAGGAACGAUUUGGCCUAUAAUUACGCAUCAAUAUACUGAUUGCACACGUAGCGACAAAAUUGUAAGUUUUUUUUUUUCCAACCUAUAUUCCAAUCUGGCAUCGUAGAUUAAUGAUCGGCUUGCUAUUCUGAUCUUUAUCCGACGCACUUGUAUAUCGGCGUCGUCGACAUGGAUCGAUACGCGGAUGAUAGAUAGUAAGAAGUCAUGGAAAAAAAUAGCCAGUAAGAAUGGCAGCCCUUUCUCCUCCCAUCCUGUUAUAUGAAAAUGCGGUACAACUCAGAUAUUCAAUGGGCAUUCUUGAGUGUCCUUUGAAUAUCACACAUAUAGCACAUAUAUCCAGUGAAUAUUUUUAAAGUCCUGUUUAUCUAGAUUUCUGAAUAUUCGUUAAUAUUGCGUAUGCGAACGGAUUCAUACGAUUCAUUUCGUUAUAUUUUACUCUCUUUUCGCUUGAAUAUAUAUAUGUAUCAUACAAUUAUUUAAAAUUUAACAGUUAUAUAAUAUUUUUCACAGGAACACACGUACACAUUUGUGAUAGAGUAAUGAAUAAUGAUGGUAAUAUAUUAUGGAGUAUUCAGAAAUUUGCCAGAUAUAUCGGAACAUUAACGGGUGCAAAAGAGUAUACACUGGAUAUCGUGCUGGCGUGAGCGUGACACGAGGCUCUCUCGUUCGGCAGUGCCGAUCGACAAAGACACGCAUCAGCCAAAGACGCACUUUCCUCCGUCCGUCGGGUUGUGAGAGACCCGGCAAUUCCGCCGCUUCUUCGCCGUCGCGGCAUUCGACAAUCCGAUCGAAGCGCCAGCAAUUUUUCCAGAGCGGCGGAAUCGCGGAGUCGCCACCCCGAUUGCUGUUCUCCGCUGAGCCCCGCGCACGGCCAUGUAGUACACAACACACUCGGGGCCUGUUGAGAGAAGGGCAGAAGGAGCGAAGAGCAUCAGCAGCGGCCUUGAGGCUGAGUAGCAGCCAAUCCCAAGCCCCCGCACGCUAAAGGAGGUGGCGCGGGAUUGGCUGAACGUUCUCCAUCGCGACUUCCCGGACGCUUCCGGUCGGGACCAACAGGCCGAUUCCCCUGGCAGGGGCCCCUGGGAGGUGAACUGGUAGCGAGGAGGAACGUCAGUGAUAAGCCGAAGGACCCUCAUCCUCAGGAAUUCGCGCCGGUUUAUGCGCGGGUGUUGCGGAGGAAAGUCAGACCGAAACUGGCCUGCGAGUCACUCUAAUCCUGAGUCAGAACGAGCUCGAAGACUUUCUUAACAUUGGCGGGGAAACGCCGGAGGCGAAGAGGGCGGGCGACGUGAGUACGGUGAACCCCGGAAGCGAACGCAACGGUGGCCGGCUCGGUCGAGGGGGAGUUCGCACGGCGGUGCCAGGCCCGCGCAUGCUUCAACAACGAGGUUGUUCAGCACCCGCGCCCGCUACGACGACCAGCUCAGCGUCAUCGUCAUCGUCAUCGUCAUCGUCAUUCACCACCACCACCAUGUUCCCGCAACAGUACUGCCUGAGAUGGAAGUACCAUCACAGCAAUCUGCAGACCAUGUUCUCACAGCUGCUCGAGCGACAGGCUUACUGCGACGUCACGCUCGCCUGCGAGGGCAAGACGCUGCGAGCGCACAAGGUUGUACUGUCGGCGUGUAGCACAUACUUCGACACAAUUUUAUCACAGUACGAGGAGAAGGAUCCUAUCGUCAUCAUGCGAGACGUCAAAUUUUCGGACAUCAAAGUACUCGUCGAGUUCAUGUACAAGGGAGAGAUCAACAUCGAUCACACGAGGCUGUCGUCGUUACUGAAAACCGCCGAGGAUUUACACAUCAAGGGGCUCGCUGAGGUGAGCUGGCGCAGUGAUUCCACGCAAAACGACUUGAACAACACCGGUCACAGUCCAGGCGCCGCAACCCCCGGCGUCGAGGCAGUUCUAGGCAGAGAGGGUGAAGACGAGCCGCCACCCCCGAAGCAGAGACGCAGGGGUCGUCCGCCUCUGGACGAUCCUCCCUCGGCACAUGACGUUUUCACGCCCAAGAUCACUUGCAUCACCGGAAAUACUCGCAGCGGCGGGUAUUACACAUACGCGGGGAUACCCACGCACGACUCUAAUGUGUCACGUCGAACCUUUUCCCAGGAGGAAAUGAUGAGCGAGGGCGGCGACCAUGAGAGUUGGGACGACGAGAUGAUGAUGAACGAGAAUAACGAAACGCCACUGCCGGUGCUGUCCUACAUGUCCAAGGAUGAUAGUACAUCUGAUCAGGAAAAGAAAGCGCCUAGCACUCCAUCAAACUCUAACGCCUCGAAUCUGUCGAUCCCCGAGCAAUUUCGAGACGUGAUAAAGAUGAACGAUUAUCUGACGACGGGACGCCGACAAGAGUUCUGGGAGGAACCGUUCACGAGACGUGUCAUGGACGCCAUCAAGAGCAAAGAACUAGAGAUGAAGACUGCCGCCGAAAUCCUCGGCGUCUCUUACGGCACCCUAUAUGGCAGAUACCGCGACAGUUAUGGUUGCCUUAAACAUCCGUACAGAGUAAGAGAUUUUUGGUCUGAGCCGGGCCCCGCUGAAGUGUUAGCGAAACUGCGGCGGAAGGAGAUUACCUUGUUCCGGGCCGCCGAGUUCCUCAAUGUGACCGUCCAUACGCUCGCCACAUAUUUGUCAACCCUGCAAGGUCCAGACAGAAUUUCGUUGGCUGGCGACUUGGCAUCCGGUGGCAACAUCGACGGUGGCAGCAGCAACAAUGCGACGACGACGGAGUCGGCGACGACGGAAAACAACGAAUCCGUCAACGACAUACUGCAGAAGAUCAACGCGAACGCGGCGACUGCGGCGACGUUAACCACGACCACGACGUCGAUCAAGCGCGAGGGUGGCGGCUAUAUCGAGGUACCGACAACGGUGCCGAAGGCCGCAACGUCCAUGCUGGAGAACAAUCCGGACAUCACGAUCGUCAAGUCGGAGAACACGCCGCGCAAGCGCGAUUAUGCGAAGAUGUCCAGCACGGAAAAUAACAAUGCGAAGCUGAUGAGCGGUGGUGCCGUUAGCGAGGUCAGUCCGCAGCAGCAGCAACAACAGCAGCAGAAACUCGCUGAUCAGUUGUCAUUGAAUAAUGACAACAGCAAACCCUAACUAUUCAGACCAUAUUUAACACCUACGGCGAAUCACUAUCAUCACCAUCACCCCCGCAGUGCAGCGCCGAACAACGUCAACUACAGAUCCGACCUGCAGUGCCCGCGCAGUUUUUAUUCCAACGUGUUUACGCGUUUUCUCACGAAUUUUCAUUUGAAAUAGAUAAGAAGGGACACCGCUGCUCCGCGCACGCCCGAUUCCAAAAAAGAAAUUCCAAAAAGGGCUUCAAACAAUCUGACGUGUUCAUCGAUUGCGAUUUAUUGGUGUUGGGCCGUGAUUGGUGUCGGAAUGUAAAAACAAAUUUCGGAAGGCGACUUAGAAUCAACGAGAAAGAAGUGCCACCGCAAAGUCUAUUGCGAAUCAUCCGAGAAACGGUAGCGCGUACACUUCGUCAUGCCUUUGAAUUAAUUUCUGCAUACACGAUCAUGGCCCUACCAUGUAUUUUUCAUUUAUAUAAAAAGAUAUUAACUUUGCGAAAUCUAUCCUCGAAAAGUUAACAUUCAAUAGCGCGAGCUGAUGCAAAAUUUCUCCUUUCGUUUUAUCUUUAGAAUCAGUUCACUUUGAUCUAUACACGUCGGUAGCGCGCGUGACUUUGGCCUUCGUGAGAAAAAAAGAAAAUAGCAAAGAAAGAAAUAAAAGAAAAGCGUAUAAUAAAAAGUUCAAUCGAAGUUCCUUUUGAAUAACGAUGUAGAGUGUAUUAUCGCAAACAAAGAAUGCCUAGACUAUUUUCUGCCGCAUGUGUCUGUAUGGUAUAGCACGUAAAGAGCGACAAUAUAUUCACCACAAGUAGAUCCACCAUAGUGUAAUACAUACCUCCUAAAGAGGAAAAAAGAAAGAUAAAGCGGAGUGUGACGGUCCUUCAACGAUGUUCCUUGUGCGAUUCAUCCGUCAGGAUCGCGUUGGGAGCGCGUUUUGUUUAAUGUUCUACAUACGAACAGAAUUUAAAUCAUAAUGCGUAUACUAUUGGAAGAAGUGUCCAUUCGCGCGAUAUGAAAGAAGCUACACGAAGAGAUUCUCCCAGAAAAGAGAUCCUCUCAAAAAGAAGAUUCUACUUGUAUUUAUAAAAGUAUUUAGAGAGCGAGAGACAAAAUCAUCACUUCGUCAGGCUGCAUAUGUCCAAUAGUAAAUCGUUUAUGAUUUAAACAAAUUUUUGCGAUGAAAGCCUUAACAUUUAGAGUACCGGUCUCUCUGAUUACGUUGUCGAUUCGCCGAUGAGAUUUAUUUACGUACACUAUCGCAUUUUUUUGGAGGAUGGUCUAGAACAAUUAGACAGAGCGACUUCGAUUAUAGAAAGCGGCCAGACGCGAUUAAAGUAAAGACAUUUGCAGUUAGCAGCGAUUUUUGCACGUUAUACGAAAAUUCAGAAAAUAAAUCGCGGCAGCUGCCUUGUUUUUUUAAUAGUAUUCAGAACGGGAUUGUCUAUUUACAUGUAACAAUUUUAUUUUGUUUCUCUUUUAUACCAAUAUGUAACGUUGCACUAGCAACGUUUUAGAGACAAUGUUUAUUAUGUAUGUAUUAAAUGUUUUCUUUGUUUUUUACCAGAGGGAAUAUUUUUAGUGGUUUUUGUUUGGAUAAUAAAUAUCGACCGAUAUCAAAGAUGAUUCGUCAAUCGAUUGAGACAAAUACGAAAUAUAAACGUCCAUUGUAAAUAUCGGUGCAAUAGAGAAAAUAUUCAAAUUAAUAUUAUUUGACGCGAAAGAGAGAGAGAGAGAAAGAGAGAGAAGUGUCCGAGCACUAUUUUAAAGGGAAAAAAGGAAGACUUUCCUGUUUCGUGCAAUCACGAUCGGAUCCUUGUUGUAAAAAGCAAUGCGGGGGAACGAUAUUGAUACAAGUAGCAUUGUCGGCGACGGACAAGGGCACUAUGAUAAUGUUGCUACGCAUGGUAUUAUCGUUCUCCCGUUCUCCGUAUGAUUCGCGAUUCCGUUUAUUUUAUUUUCGUCGUAAGCAAUUCGCAAGCGCGGUGUUUAUGUUAAGUUAGAUAAACAAAUGGAAAGCUAUCCAGAGACUACCGCGCGCUAUAUAUAUAUAUAUAUAUAUAUAUAUAUAAAUAUAAAUAUAUACAUAUACAAUAAUUGUACUCUAUGAGAUAUUGACUGGAAAUGAGUAUUCCUGUUCGCUGAAGGUAAAACUAAAUAAGAACUAGUAGUAUAAUAGAGGUAUCUCUCGAUGAUAUUUUUCGAUGAUAUAAGACUUAGUUGCAUUGGAAAGGAGGUUUAUUCUCGCGGUGGGUACUUGUAAAGUAAUCCGAAUGGAGUAAUCCGUGCGUAGUAGGAAGAAAGAACGGAAAGACGUUUCCUUUCAUGGUUGGAAAUUUCAGUAUGACGAGUAGAAAAUGGAGAAAACGUGCGUGCGGUUAUAUAUCGUGAAACCUGUAAAUAUAACAAUGUGUAUAAUAUAUAAUACAAUGGAGACGUGCAUUCCUUAUACGCGAAUGCAAAAAAAUGUAAGUAUCUCUCUCUUUUUAAACGGACCCUGAAAUUGACUGACUAUUAAAGUAAAUAAAAAAAAAAUAAUAAAAAAGAAAUAUAAUGAUAAGUACAUUGAGAUUCUCAAUUAAGUGAGACACACUCAGACACGAGAUAUAAACAGCAUACACAGACAUACGUAUACACACAUACACACACUCUGUUGUGGAUCUUACGAGAGAAUAUAUUUCUAACAGACGCGUUGACUUAUCUGACGAAUAAAAUAACAUUAUAUUCUUUAGUCUACUUUAUAUAUUUAACUUGAAAUAACAUUUUGGACAUUGGAAGAGUUGGUCUUUCGAUUACUUUACGAGUGCUCCAAACCGAUUAUUUUUAUCAUACAUAAAUGUAUAAUUUUAUAAUGCAAUAACGUUUACGAUAAUUUUAUUCGUAACUUCUUAAAUGACAAGAGA